GGCCCAUUUUUCCACAUGGGUGAACACCCAUAAUCAUUCUCUAUUUCCAUUACAAUUCCUACGGUGCAAGUUAAAAUCCUUCCUCCUACUUCUUCGAUGCAGUUCAUAAAUCGCUUCGCAGCUCUUGCCCGGCAUCUAGGUCUGCUGCGAUCAGAGCCCGCUGAUUUGCUUGAUUUUGAUUCUGAAGAUCGCACUCAAAGAGAAGACGCCUCAUCAUCAUUGAAUAAUGGAGAGCCUGAGUUGGAGACCUUUGAGUUCAAAAUAUUUACGCCUUACGACGAUGACGAUCGGAUGUCUCAAUUUGCGCGUAGCAAUCCACAAUCGAGACCAGCACCUGUUCCACUUUUCAAACCGAACGUUUACGAUUAUGAUUUCUCCCAACCAAAGACCAGACCAAGAGCCUACUCUGACGGUUUCCUCAAGUUCGAGGAGGGACUUCAUGAUCCACUGGUUCCUCUGCGCAACCUUAAGAGGUCUGCCUCUGUUGAUAGGGUCUCGGAAUUUCGACUCGCCAACUCGGGUCAAGCGGACGUUCCCCACAUAUCAUCUCUAGAGCUUCCCAGUAAGCUGAAGGGCCACGGCGAUCACAAAAACCCACUUUCGGAUCUGCUUUCAAAACCAUUGUCCUGGACGGACAGUAUCGAGUCUGUCUCCCUGAAUCCGGUGGUUUUUCAAGUCAAAUAUGAGGCAGUCCCAACACUAGUGCCCUUAAUUAAAGAUAUUAACCUGGCUGGCGGCAGAGUACUCCUAACCAAGACACAAUAUCGGCCCUUUGAGAGUUCACGUUUGGCGCCGUUUCCCAGCUGUUUGAUAGGUUUCCAUGUAGUUGUCGACCCCCAUCCAGGAACAAGAGUCAAACACCUCAACAUACGUUUAUCCCUCCAAAGCCACCCUACCGAACAUGACAGCAAGCCACCCGUCAUCCAAGCAAUCUAUCCCCGUGAUGGUGAGAUUUGUGAAACUGGCGAGAGAAGCCCAGUUCAUAUAAUGCAGGACAGGUCAGUUGGACUGCAAUUAGGAGUGGACAAAUAUGGCACGGUACAAUUCCAUCGUGGUCAAUCGAUAGCAUAUGACAGUUUUACCGUCCCAUAUGUCUCAACAUCGGGAGUCCAUACCUCAUUGCUCAAACUUACGAUGUCCGAAGACCGUCGCUCAAAAUCUGGGGUAGUUCGGUCUUUGUACUUUGCUGCCCUGCUGAAGCUUGACAUCUCGGCCCAAAAGCCCUUCCAAGCUACGAUGGAGCUCGACACCAAGCCCAGGGAAGAUCUUCCUUGGAGCUGGUGGUUCAGUCAAGGGACGUGGAAUUUAGAUUAUGAUGGUAAAAGCGAAUUUGGUCCAUUUGUAUUCAGCAUGGAAACGAUCCUAAAGAGAACAAAUGAGGAAACAUACCCACAACCUAUUCCCACUCAGUUACUCAUAUAUUCUGCCCUUUUUUGUGCUUUCAUACUUGUGUGCGGCUAUUUUAUCUCUUUCCCCAAGAAUCAAUCGAAAUGAGCCACCAGGCUUUAUUUUUAUCCACCUUCUCCUUUCAUCUAUCAUAACAAAAGAAAUGAUGGAUGAACGGAGAAGGUGGUUGAUCUUUAGUUUGCUCAGUUGUAUGUAAUGUAUCGUCCACAAAGCAGGAAGACCAUGGGGGGAA